AUGCACUUUGAAUUCACACAUGUACCCGUCUUUGCAGGUCAGCGUCUGUGCAAGGCGGGUAACGGCAGGCCGUGUUACAAGCUGGCCUAUUUCUCCGAGCUGCGGCGAAGGCUGAAUUUCGGGGAGGCCGACCUGGCAUGCCGCCGGGAUGGCGGCCAGCUUCUCAGCGUAGAGUCGGCGUCCGAGCAGAAGAUCAUCGAGCAACUCAUCACGGAUCUGAGGCCCACCGAUGGAGACUUCUGGAUCGGGCUGCGGCGUAACCACGGAGAUGAGGACAGCAGCGGCGGCAGCGGGGACGGGCCGUCGCAGUACCACUGGUUGGACGGCACAAAGUCUACAUUUAGAAAUUGGCACUGGGAUGAGCCAUCAUGCGGCUACGAGGUGUGCGUGGUGAUGUAUCAUCAGCCGUCCGCUCCACCGGGGCUGGGAGGUCUCUACAUGUUCCAAUGGAAUGACGACAACUGUGAAACCAAGCACAAUUUCAUCUGCAAAUACACAGCAGACAAGUCACCUGAUCCCUCUCCUCCAAACUCCACACAUGCAGACACCUUUCCCUCAUCUGUGCCGUGGAAUCCAAGUAACCACAACGUAAAAAGGAGCACAG